GUGCUGUACUCUGAGUAGAACACUUCAUGCAAAGACACUUUGUCGUAGGUCCGUGGAUGAACAGCAAAGUCGCAGGGCUCGAUCCAUGAAUGGGCUGAACUUGAACGAUAAGACGAACAAAAAGGGAGCUGAGGCACCGUCACGCCUGUUCCAUGCGGAAGUGAGACGAGAGUGAGGAGUUGAAACCUGUAAUCCCCGGGAGGUGCGAGGGCUGCGCUUCGGUCACAACAGCUAAUCGCUCUGGACUUCACGCCGAGAAGGACUGCUCCAUACUCGAGUAGCAGCAGCAGUAGCCCCUUUUGCAGGGUCCUCAUGAUGUGCCAUGGAGGCCUGCUCUCUCUCCCUCUCCUGCUGCUUCUCAUCCAAGUGGGACCCUCUGUCUCCGUUCAGGAAAUUCAGACCAACCAAGAGACCAUCGUGAAGAUUAACGCCGCAGGACAGUUGAUGCAGUGCUCUGCAGGCAUUGAUAUCCUCCUGCUGAUAGACAGCUCUUACAGUGUUGGGAAGGGCAGCUUUGAGAGGUCCAAACAUUUUGCCCUGAAGUUUUGUGAGGCUCUGGAUAUCCAGCCUGACAAGGCGAGAGUGGGGGUGAUUCAGUAUAGCUCCACAGCACGGCUGGAGAUUCCGCUGGACUCCUAUCAAACUAAGGAAGAGCUGAAGAAAAGACUGAAGAAACUUUCCUUCAAGGGUGGCAGCACUCAGACGGGGUUGGGUUUUAAGUAUGUGCUCCGGAAGGGCUUCCCCGGCGGGCGUAAUGGCACCGUGCCGCGUAUCCUAAUCCUGCUCUCCGACGGAAAGUCCCAAGGCAACGUACUGGCCCUCGCUUCCGAGGUGAAGAGCACGGGAAUCAUCUUGUUUGCUGUGGGAAUCCGAUACCCCAGGUGGGAGGAGCUUCAUGGCAUGGCCAGUGAUCCCACAGAGUUGCAUGUCCUGUUUGCAGAACACUUUUAUGAUGCAAUCAAUGGCCUGUACAGCACCCUGACCACAUCCUCCAUCUGUUUUGCUGUGCCCACAGGUUGUAGGAUAGAACCUUUUCCCUGUGAGCGGAAAACCCUAGAGAUGGUCAAGGAGCUACAGGGGAAUUUUAUGUGCUGGAAGGGAUCCAAAGGCUAUGCACCUGCUACCUCCCUCUGCCCAUAUUAUAGGUGGAACCGAUAUUAUAACAAACACCCAUCCAGAUGCCACAGAACAAUAUGUCCAGACCCCUGUGACUCCCAGCCCUGUCAGAACGGGGGGACCUGCACUUCUGAGGGGCUGGAGAGGUACCACUGUGCAUGUCCCACCGGGUAUGCGAGUGACCCCAACUGUGCCCCUAAGCUAACUCUGGAUUGCACAGUGGAUCUGCUGUUCCUUGUGGAGGGCUCUACCGCUCUCAGCCUUGAGGGGUUUCUGCGCUACAAGUCCUUCCUCAAGCGCUUCAUGCAGGCCGUGCUGGCGGCAGACACCCCCGUGAAUGUUGGCGUGGCCCAGUACGCAAGCGAGGUGCGGAUGGAGAUGAGGAUCGGGGAGUACGCUGCACUUUCGGAGCUUAUGGGGGCGGUCGAAGGCAUGCAGUUCAGCGGCGGGGACGCCAAGACGGGCAAGGCCCUCCGCUACAUCACUCGCAACGGCUUCAAGAGCACGCCGGUGUUCGCCGACGUCCAGGACGACCUGCCGCGGGUGGUGGUGCUGCUUACGGACUCCCCGUCUGUCGACGGAGUAAGCGAGCCGGCCCGAUACGCGCGGGACCGCGAGAUCUUCCUCAUCACCGUGGGACCAGAGGCGCUGAAGGGCCAGCUCAAUAACAUCACUGGGAACCCCCAGCGCACGAUUACAUACGGCAUGCCUGACGCCCUGUUCUCAAAGAUACCGGACCUCAGGGCCAAGAUCUGCAGUGUUGACAGCCAAGGCUGUUUGGGUCAGGCAGUGGACCUGGUCUUCGCCCUCGAUGCCUCAGCAGGGGUGGGGCAGGAGAACUUUUCUCGUUUGCGGGACUUUGUGAGGAGCGUCUCCGUCCAGUUCGACAUCAACCGGGACGUGGCCCAGAUCGGGCUGGUAGUGUACGGCCGCAAGCCCGUGACGGCGUUCGACCUGGACGCCCACGACUCGGGCUCCAGCGUCCUGCGCGCCAUCGGUGAGGCCGCUUAUGUGGGCGGCGGCUCGUCCACGGGCAGCGCCCUGCUCCACGUCCACGGGCAGGCGCUGACUGUGCGCAAGGGGGCGCGGCCGGGGGUCAACAAGGCCGUGGUGGUCAUCACGGACGGGGCCGGGGCGGAGGACGCGGCCGUGCCGGCCCAGAAGAUCCGGGACGACGGCGUCCCGCUCGUGACGAUCGGGAUCGGUGACGUCCAGAGGGAGAGCCUCCUGCGCAUCGCCGGCUCGCAGGAUCACAUGAUCACUGUCCCCUCCUACGAGGACCUCAAGUACUUUGAAGAUGUGCUGGUGCAGAUGUUGUGUUUGGAAGCGAAGAAGCCCGUGAAUCUGUGCAGGCCGAACCCCUGCAUGAACGACGGGAUCUGCGUUCUACUGCACGGGAGCUACCGCUGCGAGUGCAGGGGCUGGGAGGGUCCCCACUGCGAGACACGUGUCACACGGACGUCAAAUCGCGGCGACCUCCCAAGACCUGUGGCACAGCGGCGUCGGCCGAGGAAGGAUCACAGAGAGCUGCAGUACUACAGAGCCCGCUAUCGUAGGACACACUGAGCACUUACCCCACACACACACACUGAUCUACAGAGCCCGCUAUCAUAGGACACACUGAGCGCUUACCCCACACACACACACACACACAUUGAUCUACAGAGCUCACUAUCGUAGGACACACUGAGCACUUACCACACACACACACACACACACACACACACAUUGAUCUACAGAGCUCGCUAUCGCAGGACACACUGAGUGCUUACCACGCACACACACACACUGAUCUACAGAGCUCGCUAUCGUAGGACACACUGAGCGCUUACCACACACACACUGAUCUACAGAGCUCGCUAUCGCAGGACACACUGAGUGCUUACCACACACACACGCACGCACACACACUGAUCUACAGAGCUCGCUAUCGUAGGACACACUGAGCGCUUACCACACACACUCACACACACACACACGCAUGCACACAGACACUGAUCUACAGAGCUCGCUAUCGUAGGACACACUGAGUGCUUACCACACACACGCACGCACACACGCACACACACACUGAUCUACAGAGCUCGCUAUCGUAGGACACACUGAGCGCUUACCACACACACGCACUCACACACGCACACACGCACUCACACACUCACACACGCACUCACACACUCACACACACACACACGCACUCACACACUCACACACAAACACGCGCUCACACACUCACACGCCCACACACGCAUGCACACACACACACAUUUAUCUACAGAGCCUACUAUCGCAAAACACACUGAGCGCUUACCACACACACACACGCACUCACACACACACACACACACACACACACAGAUCUACAGAGCUCACUAUCGCAGGAGACACUGAGCGCUUACCGCACACACACGCACUCACACACACACACACACGCAUGCACACACACACUGAUCUACAGAGCUCGCUAUCGUAGGACACACUGAGUGCUUACCACACACACACACACACGCACACACAUACACACUGAUCUGCAAAACACACUAUUGCAGGACACACUGACAUACAUUUCUACGCCCUUAACACACACACAUACCCACACAAAGCAGCCCGUUAACACAUAUCAUCAUCAUCAUCAAUCCCUAGGGGAUGAAACUAAUUUACUUUCACAGAGUGGGCAUUAAUGACACAUACGUGCACGCACACAGACAUACAUGCACUCACUGAUUUACAGAGCCCACUAUUGCAGGGCACAUACAAGACAUAUGGCAUUAUGUAAAGUAUAGCUCAUUUUGUACGAAAUUCAUUUGUGCAGGAAAUAGUAUAAACGGGAAAUUGAGGACUGAGCCAUAUAGUGUGUUUCCUGUAUACUGAACUGUUCUCUGAAGAUGAGGACCAGACCUUUGCAUCCAUCCACUGUUACACAAAGCAAAACUGUCUUCCCCAUGUACAUAAUGGCGUGUGACAACACAGGAAUCCAAUUCUUUGUAUAUUCAGUUGAAUAUUCCAUUGAUUUUCCCACUACUAAACAUCUCCUCUGUCUGACAGUAAACUGGAGAGUACAUGCCACAUUAUGACAGGUGCAACUAUCAUUUUAUUUAAUCCCGUUGAAUUUGUGUCUUUUUACAAUGUGCCUUGUCAAUAAGCUGACUAUAUACACAUCUCCUUAUUACAAAAGUGAUUUUCCUUGUAUAAAUGAGGCAGACUAUUUUUUGUACUGUAAAAUAUUUAUUUUUUGCUUACAAACUGUAGCCUUGUACUAUAAAAUUAUUAAAAAUAUUACUUGUUUUCUA